GAGCGAGGGGCUCUCGGCUGAGCCAUGCCGGCCGCACGCGUGGAGUACCUCGCGCCCUGGUGGGUGGUGUGGCUGCACAGGGUCCCGCACCUCAGCCUGCGCCUGCAGUGGGUGAACAGUACCUUCAACCCCCGCGAUGAGGAUUACCGGGAGUCGCUGCUGUUCCUGGGGCUGGUGGCCGCCGUCUGCCUGGCCCUGAACCUCCUCUUCCUUGCGGUUUACCUGGUGUGCGCGUGCUGCUGCAGACAGGCCAAGCAGCGCAAGUCCUGCUGCGUCACCUGGUCGGCCGUGGUGGCCGGGCUCGUCUGCUGUGCUGCGGUGGGCGUUGGUUUCUAUGGAAACAGCGAGACCAACGAUGGGGUGUACCAGCUGAUCUACUCCUUGGACAACGCGAACCACACCUUCUCCGGGAUCGAUGCGCUGGUGUCCGGAACCACCCAGAAGAUGGAGGUGGACCUAGAGCGGCACCUGGCCCGGCUCAGCGAGAUCUUCGCCGCCCGGAGCGAUUACCUCCAGACCCUGAAGUUCAUGCAGCAGAGGGCGGACAGCGUCAUCGACCAGCUGUCAGGGGUGCCCGUGUGGACGGAGGUCACAGCCCAGCUGACCCAGCUGGCCGACCAGACCGGCUACGUGGAGUACUACAGGUGGCUUUCCUACCUCCUGCUCUUCAUCCUGGACUUGGCCAUCUGCCUCAUCGCCUGCGUGGGACUAGCCAAGCGCUCCAGGUGUCUCCUGGCCUUGCUGCUGUGCUGUGGGCUGCUGGCCGUGAUCCUCAGCUGGACGUCCCUGGCCGCCGACGGCACCAGUGACUUCUGUGCGGCUCCCGACACCUUCAUCCUGAACAUCACGGAGACCCAGCUCAGCACAGAGGUGACCCGUUACUACCUGUAUUGCAAUCAGAGCGUCAGCAGCCCCUUCCAGCAGGCGCUGACCGUCUUCCAGCGCUCGCUGACCGCCAUGCAGACCCAGGUGGCGGAACUGCUGCGGGCGGCCGUGCCCUUCUUCCCCACGGCGGAGGAGGAUCUGCUCAGCAUCCAGCUCCUGUUGAACUCCUCGGAGUCCAGCCUCCACCAGCUGACGGCCUUGUUGGAUUGCCGAGGGCUGCACAAGGACUACCUGGACGCCCUCGCCGGCGUCUGCUACGAUGGCAUCGAGGGCUUGCUCUACCUGGGCCUCUUCUCCCUCCUGGCUGCCCUGGCCUUCUCCACCAUGAUCCGCGCGGGGCCGCCGGCCUGGAAGCGCUUUACCACCAGGGACAGAGACUAUAAUGACAUCGAUGACGACGACCCCUUCAACCCCCAGGCCCGGCGCAUCGCCGCCUACAUCCCCUCGCGGGGGCGGCUUCCCAGCUUCUGCAGCUACAGUGGCAGCCUGGACAGCCAGCCCGGCCUGCAGCCGCCGGCCCAGACCGUCUCCAAUGCCCCGGUCUCGGAGUACAUGAACCAAGCUGUGCUGUUCGGUGGGAACCCCCGCUACGAGAACACGCCGCUCAUCGGGAGAGGCUCGCCUCCGCCCACGUACUCUCCCAGCAUGCGGCCCACCUACCUGUCCGUCGGGGAUGAGCACCUGCGGCACUACAGGAAUGAGUUUCCGGCCUAACCCCCAGAGGCGCCUGCCUCCUCCAUCCGGCUGGGUUUUGAUUCAUUCGAGUGAAAGCUGCGUGUCUUCAAUAGAAGCCAAAGGCCUCUGGGAGCCGCCUGCAGGAUGGCAGGACUGGACGGCGCCUGGGCCUGGCUGAGACCCUGACCAAAGCCGCAGGCAGACAGAGGGCCCACCACCUGGACCAGCCUCUCCCUCCUCUGGCCUCCUCUCCACCCCUACACUGGGAGCCUGGAUCCGCUCACUCCUACAUCCUGCCCUCUCCAGGUGGCGACUGGCAGCGAGGAGGGGCCGGCUCAGGCCCAAGGGACCCAUUGCCAGCACCGUGCCUCCUGUGAGCGUUUUCCUGCAGGUAAAGGCGGAAGAGCUGAUCAAGAGAUGCCUUUAGGAAGGCGAUGUCCCCAGUGAGACCAGGGACUGUCCAAGUCAGUCUCCCGGGGCCUGGUAGGAGUGUGGGUGACAGCCUGCUCUGUCCCCCGGCCUUCCCGCAAUCCUCGAUCGCCCCACCUCCAUUCCAGCUCGAUGCUGGGAGUGCGUUCACUGCCGACAGGGACAGUCUCAGGAAUUUGCGGACACUCUGAAAGAGACUAACUCUUCUUUUCCCGGUGUUUUAAAUACUUGGAUUAUCCAAAGAAUGGAACCUCAGAGCACAGUUUUUACAGUAGAUGCGGCUGCUCCUUACACCUGGUCUGGAUCCCGUUCCUUUUCGGGUCUUGCUGACGCUGCCAGGUCAUUAAGAACCUACGGGCAGGGGCGGGAUUUUUAAACAAAAUAAAGAUCAGUGAGACCUCCUGUCCUAAGCUGCUGUUUGAUGGCAAUAUGGGUUCAUCCCACUCGGGGGAGGAAGGGCAAACAGUGUGAACGGAGCCCGCCCAGGGGAAUGGCCGGCCCGGGCCAGCUUCCCCCUCCCUUUUGUCUUCAGGCAAGUUUGUCAGUAAAGGUUUUAGCAAAGCUGAACAACUGUGUCAUCUUCCCUGCCGCCCCCCCACCCUGCCCCCACCCCGUUGUCCCAGGCCCCACACUCCCUGCUGGGUGAGAAGGCACUAUUCACCAGGAGGAAAUGGCCCACGGAGGAGCCAGGGUUAGGGUCUUGGGUGCCGCCAAUGUUCUGCCAGCUCUGAAUGCCCAACGCUGAAGCCCCCACAGCCUCACGUGCCAAAGCAGGGACGGGGUGGCACGGCUCGGGACAAGGCUCUAGUUGCGUUUUGGAAGAGCCACCUUCUCAGCAAACACGGACAGCAGAGUGGUUCUCACCCAGCCAGGCCCCCAGGACACAAUGGGGCCACAGGGCAGCCAGGACUCACCCGCAUUAACCUCUAGAACCCUGCACCAUAAACACACCCUCGGUGGCCAUGUCCUGUGCAGAUAGAAACUGCACCGUCAAGCUCUCACUUCUCACUGUGUCAUUGGCGACUAGAGAGCUGUUUCUAAUGCAUGUAAACUACACUGGGUGGUUCCUGGCGGGGCUGGGUGGGCACACCGCUGCCUGGUACAUGUGCACCCUCCUGGGGGGCAAAUAAACCGCUUGUACUAAAA